AUGGAGCAAAUUCAGACUCAGAAACAGGAUCAAAUAUCCAGCAGUAAACCCCAGCCACGGCUUGAGUUUCGAGCCUCGUGCGACCCCUGUGCAGCAUCCAAAGUACGCUGUACAAAGGAGCAGCGUGGAUGUUCACGCUGUGUGCAAAAUGGCCUGAAAUGUGUGUAUGGCCGAUCGCGACGAAAGGGUAAACCACCUUCCAAAAAAUUCACCUUCGUGCAAUCCUCUUUUAGAGACUCUCAAGUGUCUCCUCCAGCCCCCAUUUUCCCGCAAACCAGUCCGGUGGUCCCAGCUCCUUCGCCAUCAUGGGCUUCCGGUCAAUACCCCAGUAAUCACCAGUCCAACUACAACUACGACUGCCCCUGGUCUCGGUCGCCCAUGUUCCCAAUGGCUAGCGACCAAGAUCAAACACUCAAUAAUGUUAUGCCAAGAGGAUGGGAAAGAAGGACAGUAAACAGCCUGGACCCUCAUCAAUCGCUAUUGGAAAACUCUGUCCCACCGAUGUCAGCAAACUCGGGCUAUAUGUCAAAACAUAAUCCUUCGGGCGCAAAUUCCAUGGCAGCCGAUAGCGGCGAUUUCGGCUCCCUUUCGAGGAAGACUGUCCCCGGGGACAAGAGCAAUUCAAGUUAUGAUGACGGGGGGGACGAUGACGACGAGAGUGAUGAAGAGCGGGAGGAGCUCGAGGACGUGAAUGAAGACCGGCAUGAACCAUGCAUUGCAGUGGCAUGCCGGCUUCUUUCUUCUCUAUCCCGGUUCAGACACUGCGACUGUAGGAACGGGCACCCGAGCAACGACAGGAGUGUAUCCAAUUCUCGCGACCAGUGCAAACCACUCACUCUAGAAGAAAAAGCCCCUCCAAGUGAUACUAUUUUUUGCAUGACUCAAUCAGCCACGGAAGAUGCGUCCCGAUUGCUGAGUUGCACGGGAAGUGUCUGCGCCCAGGAUACGUCCACACUUCUGGUUCUAGGCGCGGUCCUCUCCAAAAUCCUCACUUGGUAUCAGGCCCUAUAUCAAUCCGAGAUCGGCAGGCACAUCUCGUGUCCGCCAGUCGAAUCCCAUCAUUCGAACAGUAGCCGGACGGAUACACAGCCUGGGCUCUCGUCACUGGUAGAUGGGACGGCAGAUUCAUUGUAUGAUGUUCCAUUGACCAUCCCGUUGAGCGUUGGGAAUUUGAAUAUCCCGCACGCCACAAAAGUAAAGAUGAAAGCUCAGCUAUUGUUGUGCCAACUGCAAUCUUUAUAUUUGGUAUGCCAGGCACUUGAUCGACGGGCCCAGGGUGCUGAGAAUCUGCGGGAAGAGGGGAGAACAAACCAAGGGUCCAACGCACAGCUUCUAGAGCAAGUGGACGAAUUGCAACGUAUCUUGACAUUGGUUUGCACACAGCCGUCGACGACAUAA